AUGAAGAACGUACCAAUCUCGGAACUACUGUUCAACCUGUUCAAGGAGAAGUAUUACUUGGAUACAUUGGGCUAUGAUAACUAUAGCCCAUACAAUAUUGGUGUCGACCUCGACAGAAAGACAGAAGCAUACAAGAGAGAGGCCACCAUAUUUCGUAACAAGAUGAAUGUCAAGGCCGAGGGCGAUGAUAACAAACCCAAGCAGUUUACUGUGCCAGUCAACGAGGUCACCAAGCUCUACAACGAUCUUUGUAAGCCUGAGAAUAUGUUCAACAGCCAGGUGGCCCAAGUUGCCAAAAAGGAAUGA